AUGACGACCAACUAUGCCACCGUCACUUCUACAUGCAUUCUCAUGCCAGUCAUGGAGAUGAAUCCGGUGACAGCCAUUCUUGGUGUUAUUGGUACCCUUCUGUUGCUCCUUGUUCUGGCCAUGUCCUAUGCAGUAUACACUCACAGGACUUCGAAACAUGUGGAUAUCAAGGCAUUAAAGGCACUCCAAGUCCCCAAGGGCUCUCUCUUUCGCAUCUUUCAGCCUCAUCUGGUACCCAUGGAUGAAAUCAGUGCCAGAGGAUACUCUUCUGUCCUUGCUCUUGCCCAAACAUGCAUUGGUGUCCAACCCACUUCUGAUACUGUCCUGGAGCUUUGGAAACCAGCCUUUCAAUGCUACAACUUGAUUUUCCCCAACUUUCUCAAUCUACCCGGUCUGCUACUGCCUGGAUAUGACAUUCGUGACUUGGUACCCCUGUCCUUGUACGUGUCCUCGCGGGCCAAUGAAUGCACCUACUGUACCAGUCAUUGCUGUUCCUUUGCCAUGAGACGAGGAGUCGAUCCGGCCACCUUGCAAAAAUCGCUCGAGGCAAUCAUUUUGAGCAAGGACACUGCCACCAACUUGACACUGGCAGAACGGGCCGUCAUUCGGGUAUCCUACGGUCUGGGCACGGUGCCAGCAUGUCUCAAUAAAGAGGAUGUUCAGUUGCUCCAAGAGAAUCUGAAACCAACACAAGUGGAAUGGAUUGUGGCGGCUACCGCCAUGAUGGGUUCCUUGAACAAGUACAUGGAUGGAUUGGCCAUUCCCUUGGAACCAGAUACCUACGGUGAAACCAUGGAACACAUUGACCCAAAGUUUGUCCUCUCCAAAUCUGCCACGGUUGGACUGACGUUGAAUGACCCCAAGGCAGCACUGCCCAUGCCACCCAAGGACGACUGGAAACUGCAACUGGCCAUCAUUUACCAAGGAUUGCGUCCGGGUGGAGCGGCUGCGUUGGAUUCCAAACUGGCCAAGGGGGUUCCCUCCGAGGCGGAAGAUUGCAUUGCCUUUUUGAAGGACUUGACCGGGGCAACCUUUCCGGUGCUGCGAAAGCUGCAGCACUCUCGCUUGCGACGGGCUCUGACGGCCAUUCUCAGCAAGAACUUUGUCUCGGAUGGGAUUGCGUUGUCGACCAAAGUAUUGGCAGGGCUCCAAUACUGCGGUCAGUUGCAGAAUUUACAGUUGAAGUCAGAGCUGCAGCAAGUCUUGGCCAGCGAAGUGGAAGACAAAUAUUCCAAGAGCAACAACAACAAAGCGUUGCUACUGAAAGCAGCAAAGGCUUUAUCUUACAAUCCCAGUCGCAUGACGGAGAGCAUUAUUGACGACAUUGAAGCUUCCUCUGUUACAGCCGAGAAUAUGGUCGAGUUGGUUUCCUUUCUAGCCACCCUUCAAGCCUUGCACAGGUUUGAAACUUACUUUCAAGUGGCAGAGGAGAACUAA